AUGGCACCACAGGAGUUUAUUCACGCUGUUUAUCUAGCUCCCUCUACAGACAGAAAACACGAAGCACAUGGACUGGAGCAGUUGUCUGUGCAAUCUACCUCAAACACUUCACCCCAAGCACAUUCUCCAACCUUUGACGCCGCCGCAUCACGCUGGCCCGCAGUCGUCACCCAAAAGACACCGGAGUCCCCCGAAUCCUCCCAGAAAGAGACACCCACCACCAUGUGGAAACCGUGGGAACUCACCACCCCGAGCACCUGCAGUAACAGCAGCAGCUGCAGCAGCACUACGCUGUCGCUAUCAGGUAGUGACUACCCCGUUCAAGAGCUAAGCAUGGUAGGAGUUGUUGGGAGCAGGGACGACGUUCAGAACCUGGGGCAGGAUCUCGCUGCCAAAGUGUCACUUCAUCACCCGGACUUUGCUGCCCAAGUAUCGUUUCACCCCGAAAAGGAGGUUGCCCUUACUAUCCCAAACACUGAGGGUGCUUUCUUCACAGGAAUUACCACUAGCACCGUAGACACAAAAGCCACAUCUACUCCUAUCACCACAAAAAGCACGGAAGCUUUCUUUAAAGAACCCUCUUCUUUUAAUAUCCCGAGGACAGAGAGCUCUGUUUGUAAAGGAGGCACCCCGAACAUUUCAAUCAUUCAGGAUUCUUUUGGCAAUAUCCACAACACUGAGGGCACUUUCUGCAAAGAACCUACUACCCUAAACAUCUUGAACACUCAGGGCGCCUUCUCCACAGAGGCUGCCACUAACUUAACAAAUACCAAGGCCGCACCCGUUAUGGAAGUUCCCCGCACCAUCCCAAAUAUAGAGGGCCCUUUCUCCACGGUGGGUAGUUUGAACACGUCAAAUGCCGAAGGCCCUUUCUACACUGGAGGUCUGACUAACCUGAAAAGCACCAAGAUCCCUAGCGGUCUGACUUACUUGACAGGCACCAAGAUCCCUCACAAACUGCCAACCACAGAGGGCGCCCUUUACACUGAAGCACCCCGUAUCAUCCCACACACCCAGGCUCCCCUCUGCGCAGCAACCACAACACACAACACACCAGCAGGUUGUCAGCCUCUAUCAACAGCCAAUGCAACGCCAACAACCAGCACCUCAAAACCUUACUACCCGACCCCAACAUACAGCAGCCCGGAGGGGUUCCAUCUUACUAAGGUACAGGAGUCACAGAAGCAAGCCAGCGCCGGGCAAGUUCCAAUUUGGGAACUGCAAAAUUUCGUCGAGAAGGAAUCCAUGCUGCAGUCAGUUGCCAACAACAACAACGUGGCGCCGGUCGCUAGGGUUGCAAACACAGCGGCUCCUAGCAGUGAUGCAGUACGGAGCCAUGUGAGUGAGCCCUCCAUUGGUGGUAUAGUCAGUCCACAGCCUAUGAUGAUCAACAGGGGACUUGACGAGAAAAAGCAAGAUAUGUCUCACCACAAUGAAGACGCAAAGAUGCCAAGCAAGAUGGUGGAAACUAAGAUGAACAAAGAAGAGAGUGGGAUUGAGUUUGAUUUUGAUGAAGAUACAUCUAUUGAGGAGCCUUGGAUGGUCAAACCUGAGGGUCUAUCGCCGGUCAUAUUCUCAAACGAAUCGUUGAAACAAGCCGUGAAGGAGGGCCAGACCCAGCGCGUCCGUGAAGCUCUCUGGUUGAACGGCAUGCAUGACCUGGAGCAGCCGGACCCAGUCUGUGGUGUCACGCUGCUCAUGCUGGCCUGUAUGAACCGCCACGACGAGAUCGCUAAGCUACUCAUUGCCAACGGAGCUCUGGUCAACAUACCGGAGAAGUCAGGGUUGACUCCGCUCAUGUACUCCACGGAGUUGGGACUUUAUAACCUGGUAGCUAUUUUGCUUGAAGCUGGUGCCCACGUCAAUCUACAGCAAAAUGGCACAGGGGAGACGGCUAUGAUGAUGGCUGGGAAGAGGGGUCACUCGGACAUCGUGAACCUCCUCUUGAUGUUUGGAGGUAACUGGGCCAUCUUGACUCCGGGUGCGGAUACAGUAGCAGGGUAUGCUAUCAUCUACAAGCAUCCCAAUGUGUACGAUGUACUCAACAAUCAUAUCAACAGGGUUACAAUGCAAUUUGAGAGUACUAUCAAUCAGUACUUAUGCGGCACUGCUAAGCUUGUCAAGCCUGUGUUUCCUCUUCAAUGCUUCCGUAUCCGUGAGAGUACUGAACACCACAUCUACCUCAACCACGACACCAGGCAGCACGCUCACAACCAAGGUUGUGGGAGCGUGCUGUUUAUCGGCCAUGCCCACUUGGGUUUAAACGGCCUCUCGUGUCGACUGACCGGACAUAGCUUUGUCUACAAGGUGAUGUUGAAUGGUCAUGACCUACCCCAACUAUCUCAGGGUUCAAAUUUUCUACUUUCGUUUCUACCGCGGAAUGGCCGUAAUGUAUUAACGGUGAAAACACUCUGUGACCCAUACUCAAAGUUGCUGCUACUUGUGGGUGCUUACUCGCUGCAAAUAACAUCUGAUGGACCUCAGAUUGGAUUCUAAGGAGGGGGUGGGGGUGGGGUGCCUCAGAUGACGCCCAUCAAGGAAGAGUUCUUCUCAAGAAAUCAUCCCAAGGGCAAAACCUUAAACGUUCUGUAGAUGACUGAAAUGUAUUAUAUGUGAACAUAACCAGAUUAUGUAGUAGUUUAUUAGCCUUUGAAUGGAUAGAGAGAGAGAGAGUCCUUCUAUAGUAUUUUAGUGUACAGUACAAGACUAGUAGCGUAGGGGUAUACUUUUAUUUUCUAGCAUGCGUUGUUGGCGUAUACAGAGUUAGGUCAAUGAGUAGAACUACGUUUUCAGUUUUAAACCCUUAAGAGACCACGCGUUUCCGUUGAAUUAUCGUCAUGUGCCAAGAGAUGUUGAAUUCUUACUGAGUUUAUAUCUUUCUCUUUUUGCUAGUAGUUAAAAAGAAAAUAUUUGAACUUAAGAAGAUGUUAAAUUUGAAUCGGAGAUAAAGAAUGUUCAUUUUGGUUGUACCUAUAUACACCGUACUCCAAUGUGUGUUGGCACUGUGCACUCAGUGCUUCCCUGAGUUCUGUGAAAAAAGAACAGGCAUAUUACUUUGUUUGUUUUUGGACAUUUUAUAAAGUAUGUGUACUUGGGAAAGAUUGUACAUUGUCAAGUCAGGAUAUGAGUGUUACUUUAAUCUUGUUGGUUGUGGAGAAUUUAGGUCAAAUCUUGCAGCCUUUAGCAGCUGCUACAUGUAUGGUCACUUUGGGCACAAGCCGAUAGCAUUCGCUUGGAUCUCUGAAGGGUUUAUAGGCAACUGUGGGUUUUUUAUUUUGAAUUCUGUUUGUUUUGGGAUUUUUUCCCAGGAGCUUUUUAAAAUGGUAAUUAUUUAUUUGUAUAUUUGUUGAUUUACUUUCUGAGUUGUUGUAACUGUGUUGUAUCGAAUGAACAGUUCUCUUGGGUUUGCAUUUUUCGGUGUUUAUUAUUUAUCUGAUAUUAAGUUACAAUAGUUUUUUUACAAGGAUUUUUCAUAUCGUGUUUUGGAGUAUCUUUUCAGUAGUUUCUUUCAUCUUUUUCUUUUUUGACCCAAAUAUUUUGUACUGCAGAUAGAAAUGCAAAAUAUGACCAUUUGUUUUUUCCCCUAUUGAAUCACAUUCUUUUCUUUCCAAAUUUAGAUUUCCUUCCUUUUUCCAUCAGGAUGAUUAUCUUUUCACAAAAGUUUUCCCAAAUUUUGGGACUUUAGCCCGAUUCAUACUUCCUGUUAAUGCUUCAUGCGAAGCGAAUUUGAUGUCACACCUCUGUUCGCUGCGAAUGUUUCAUAGGAGAAGAGCACAGGGCAACUGUUGUGAGUGGUUAGUUGCAAAUUUGUGACAUCGAAAUUCGCUUCGCGUUCGCUGGAAGUAUCAACCGGGCUUUUAUGGUAUAGACCGAUCCAGUAGGCUCUGCCCAUGACGCACGUGUGAGCAAGAACACGUGGGGCUCUCCAAUGCCUUUCUGCACAACUCUGCCGCGCGCGCCCAGAUAUGCGCACGCAUGUCAGAUCGUAGUGUGGGACCUUCGUUGCAAUGUGAUUGGUCAAUACGCAAUGGGGCAGAGCUUAAUGGAUCGGUCUAUUAUACAGGAUUGGUAGAGAUG